GUGUGGGUCAAAAUGGAAGUGAAUCCCCCCAAGCAGGAGCACCUGCUGGCGCUGAAAGUUCGUCAAUAGGUAGAGCAUGUUAUCUUUGAACUCACGUAUGUAGCAAGCCCAGGAUGGCCUAAGACUCAUGACAGUUAUGUCUCAGCCUCCCAAGUGCUGGGAUGACAGGUCCUGUUUCCUCUGAUUUGACAAGACAGACAAUCUUGUAAUAGUAAGUUACAUUCUAGCUCUGAAGACUUUAAGAAGUUUUCUCUUCAUUAAGAGUAACUGGAUUACUGCAGAAUGACUACAGAAGUAAUAUUACAUUAUCGACCAUAUGAGAGUGAUCCCACACAACUACCGAAAAUUGCAGAAAAGGCAAUUCAAGACUUUCCUACUCGUCCACCAUCAAGAUUUAUUCCUUGGUUUCCACAUGAUGGAUCCAAACUUCCAGUUAAACCUAAAAGAUCACCACCUGUAAUUUCUGAAAAGGUAGCCGAAGAUGUAAAACAGCACUUAACUAUUUCAGAACAUAGUAUUAAAUCACAGAGCUAUGAUUCCACAGUAGAUCUCUUGGAGUUUCAACCUCAUUUGGAAAAGCAGCACUUAAUCCAGUCAUACAAACUGAAUGAACUGACAGCCUCCGGAAAUCUGGAUAAAAAAUUAGAAAAAGGAAAACAGCACAGCAGGAGGUCUUGGAGUAUUUCAUUUGUCAGCACUAAUUGUACUGAAAAUAUUUCUCCUUUGCCUAAAAAACUGCAAGAUAUUUUAAAGACACUAAAUUUGCACUCACUUUAUAGAGCACGAUGGAUAAUAGAACACAGUGUAUGUAACAACCAAACUUUGGAAGACAUUUGGGUUCAACUUAAUCACAUUAUCAAGCACAAUGAACUUCCAUCUUGUAACGCUACAAUUCAGAGACAUGUAGGGCAAAUAUGGGUGUUUUGUGAUGUUAUGUACUGUGAAUAUGUGGGAAACAUUCUUAAAAGGAAAUUAGCUCUUACUGGAAAAAUUAAUUUAUUUGUGCGUAAAUAUGGUACUAUUUUUAGUAUGUAAUGAAAUCUGAUUGUCAAAAUUAAUAGAAUAAAAGCUUUGUGAAAUCCA